CCCUCGUUUUUGGCACCUCUGCUUUUCGGAGUGUAUCUGGCCUGUUGCCUUUUUUCUGUGUCCUCCCACGGUGGAUUAUCAUCUUGUGCGCAUGAUCUGAGGACACAGUGCUCGGGAGCUUGGCAGUAGCUCUGUGAGAGUAUGUUAGUUUGCGCUGAGAGAGGAGCAGCGGAACGUCAGGAGAUCAAGGUUUGGAGGAGGACAUCAUCUUGCAAUAAAGGAACCUGCAGGAAAUAAGCCUUAAAACAUCAGAAAAUAAGAAGAUAAUAGACCAUCUUCAUAGAAACGCCAUGACAUGACGACGUUUAUCAUUUAAAAAAAAAAAAAGCCGCCGCGGUACAGCGAGUUUCAGAACCCUGGACAGCAGCAGCGCAGCAGCGCGCCGGUAGCGCCGGGCACCGCUUUUCCAGGUUUAACGUGACAGAGGGACGCAAUCAGAUCAGGGGGUAAAGCCGCCGCGGUACAGCACCCUGGACAGCAGCGUUACAUGUGCGCCUGAUUUGUGCCAGUUCCGCCAGUUGUGCCACCACUAUGCACUUUGCAGGGAGUUAACUGAUUGUUCUUAAGUGAAGCCUCAUGAGGAACACCAUGCGCGCCUCGGCGUGCUGCUCUCCAUCCCCAGGCGUGGACACCUUCUAAAGUGGACUUGCGAUGGACUUUGCAGAAAGUCUGCUGGCGCUCUUUAUCGUCGUGGUCGCGAUAGUCUCUCUGCUGUCCAACUUGCUGGUGCUGCUAUGCUUCGUCCACAGCAGCGAGAUCCGCAAACAGGUGCCGGGCAUCUUCACCAUGAACCUGUCCUUCUGCAACAUCCUGAUCGCCACGCUCAACAUGCCCUCCACCCUGGUGGGCAUCGUCAAGGAUCAGCAGCCGUUCGGAGACUGUCUGUGCCGAGCGGUCAGCUUCCUCGAGACUUUCCUGACCGCCAACACCAUGCUGAGCAUGGCCGCGCUGAGCAUCGACCGCUGGGUCGCGGUGGUCUUCCCGCUCAGCUACUCCAGCAAGAUGCGCUACCGGGACGCGCUGGUGCUGGUGUGCUACGCCUGGCUCCACUCGCUCACCUUCUCGCUGGUGGCGCUGCUCUUCUCCUGGGUGGACUACAGCCACGUUUACGCGUCGUGCACGCUGCAGCUGACCGAGGAGAGCGCGCGGACCAAGUUCACCGUCUUCACCGUCGUUUUUCACGCAACCAGCUUCAUGCUGUCCUUGCUCAUUUUGUGCGUGACUUACCUGAAGGUGUUGCAAGUUGCACGAUUCCACUGCAAAAGGAUCGACAUCAUCACCAUGCAGACCCUCUUUUUGCUGGUGGACAUUCAUCCAAGUGUUAAGCAACGCUGCCUUGCCGAACAGAAGAGGAGAAAACAGCGCGCCACCAAGAAAAUCAGCAUUUUUAUUGGAUCCUUUAUUAUCUGUUUCGCGCCUUACGUCAUAACCAGGCUGACAGAACUUCUUCCCUUUGUGGAUAUCAAUCGGUACUGGGGCAUUGUCAGCAAGUGCUUAACCUACAGCAAGGCUGCUUCUGAUCCCUUUGCGUAUUCCCUCUUGCGCCAACAGUACAAGAAGGUCCUAGUAACAGUGGCCAAUCGACUGCUGAAACGAGACUUAUAUCCCUCCUCUGGACAUAACAGCUCGCUGGACACAGAAAAUGACUAUUCUCUUCAAAGAAUCAGUUAAUGGCAACUGUAGAAACUGGAAAAUGCCCUUGCCUUGACUUCAAACGAAGAAGAAAGAAAGAAAGACGGAGGCAGAGCAAGUUAUGAUAAUAAUCACCUGGAUACAGCUGGAGUUAUUGACUGCUUGAUGUACACACAGGCAUAUGCAGUGCAGACAGCAGUUAUAAACAUGGACAUUAGCAAAGAAUACAUGACUAACAAGCUAUGUACUUCUUUUGCAAACAACCACAGACCCAGAGACACAUACAUACACAGAUCAGAGGCAUCAAGACCUUGCCAGUCGCUGUCAUCAUUCCCUCUGUGAGACAAGCCUUUUUCAAAGAUGGCAUUUUAGAAUAAGUUGUCUUAUGAAAGUUACAUUUUGGAAAUCUACCUUGAUCCAAAGACAUGAGCACACAUAACGUGAACAUGGAGGCACUGGAGCUCUUUAAUGGGAAAGAAAUGUGUCAUUUCCAUUGGUGUUUCUACUGGUAGACAGUCUGGUCAAUUAUUUGUUUUAAGAGUGGGCCUCAUUGUUCAACUGCUCAUGAAUUCAUUGUGAAUGCACUCAUUCACAAGCCUAUCAGUCACUGGAUAAUACUGCACUUUGUUAUUAUGACAAGUUGAUAUAUUUGCUAUUAGAGCCAAAGUGGAACAUCACGCUGUAGUACCUAUAAACUUGUUGUAACUGAAUGUGCUAGAUUCUUUUACAGCAGCACAUUGUGCACGCAAGUCGUGUUUCUAUAGGUAAACUAUGUCAGACUUUUGAUGUGACUAUUUUGAUGUGACUAUAAGACAUUUAUAGUGUAAAUUAAAUUGUUUUAUUCAGUGAGGCAGGUGUGUGGUGUGAGGGGUUCUGAACUAAUGGAGUAACCAAUGAAGUGCUUUAUACUGUAUUUGUGCCAGAUUUGUUGCAAAUGUACUGUUUUUUUGUGAACAUGGUGCAAUAAAUUAGAAUACAAAUGA